CAGUGAAUACUUCUAAUGUUGUUAAACUCUGAUGGCAGUGUUUUCAUGACCAACGAAAUACCUAUUUUAAUAGCAGAACUAUGGCCCGGUUACGUAUUUAACAGCAUUGAACUUGAAGAUGUUUGAUACAAUAUUUCGGUCGGUGAUGGUGAAGGAGAUGAUACACGUUGUGUUAAAUGAACAUCUGUCGGACAAGGAAUACAGCGCGGAGGACACCACAGAGUGGACGAAGGCCAUCGCGGACAGUAUCAAAACAAAACUGAAAGAUUUAGGCUACGACCGAUACAAGUUCAUAGUUCAGGUUGUCAUAGGGGAGCAGCGAGGAGAAGGCGUAAAAAUGGCUUGCAGAUGUUUUUGGGAUUCUGAUACAGAUAAUUACGCUCAGGAUAUUUUCAUGAAUGAUACAUUAUUUUGCGUAGCAGCAGCAUUUGGAGUCUUCUAUUACUGAAUGGACAUCUCAUCACCCCUCUUGUCAUUUCACUCAGACUUUAUUCACCUUUAUCGACAUCCAAUCACCUGAGAAUUUUAACGACAUUCAUUCACCUGAGUAUUUUAACUGGAAGAGAAACUGGUUAGGGCCAAACACAAGACAGUUGGACAAGGUCACAAUCUAAGAAAGCAUUUUUUUUCCUUUUCUUUUUUUUGAUGUUGAGGAGAUUUUGAUGUCUGUGAGAUAUGGGGUGAUUAUACCGUUGAAGACAAAAUGCUCUUAGACCUGCUCUCGCACCAGACUGACCCCACUGCAGACAAGAGUAAUUGCUGCAUCAGUGCAUGGAAUGCUUUUCUUAUCUCUACACAGAUCCCAGCCCAGAGAGAGGAAAGCUACACCAAGCACAAAGAAGAAAGAAAAAAUCGCCAUAUAUAUAUAAUUUGUGAAGAACUAUUCUUUGAUCAUUUUGGUAUUGCUUUGUCAAGUGCCUUGUAAAAGUUGUUUCUAUUUCUGUUCCUGUAUACUCAUAGUAAGAAAUAAAGGAACACAUAGCCAGUAAAAGCAUGUAUUGACUGCAGCCAGAACUCUCACCCACAGUGUCAGGAUGUUAACUGGGUUACAGGCAGUCAGCCGCACAAUACAUUUCUAAUACAUCUCUAUCUCUGCGUGUGUCUCUCUCUCUCUGUUACUCUCUCUCUCUGUCCAUCUUUCUCUUUGUCUCUCUCUGUCUGUCUCUCUCUCUCUGUCUCUCUGUCUGUGUGUCUGUGUGUCUCUCUCUCAGUCAAAAAUAUAACAGGGUAGGAAUUUAAUGGCGGUCACCCUGUUUGCUCUUCACAACACACUUCAACUAACACUAAUCCGCUGUCCUGGACAGACAGCCCAGAUACCUGAAGUGUGUGCCCAGGACAGUGUGCUUGAACCUUAAUUGGAUAUGAGCACGAAAAUAAGCAUUGAAUGAAUAAAUAAAUGAAUUAAUGAAUGAAGAGCAAACUUUGUGAAUUGAUUAUUUAAUUUAAUUAAUUUUCCGUGUGCUCAGUUUUUGCCAUGGAAACGCUGUGGCGCUAAAUGCAAAAACCCCACACAAAAACAGAAGAUUAAAAAAAAUCCAUAUGAUCCUGUGCCUGCACCUUAAUUGGAUUUAAGCAUGAAAAUAACUAUAAAUGAUAUGAAAACACAGAGGUGGAUAGGCUCGCCCCCUCCCCUGCUAUCUAGGUUAUCAGUUCAGCACAGGGGUUAAAGGUUAGUGACAAAUAAUGACAACUGGAUAUUGUUCUGUUAAAUACUUGAUGUUGACCAGGGGCCUAAUUCACAAAGAUCUCUUAGGCUCUGCUAGACAACAAAGCAUCCUCUUUGCAAGUCUUUUAGCAUUGCACUGUGAGAUCGCAAAGUUGCUAGAGCUUAGUGACUUAGGUCCCUGAUACCACUAUGUUAGCUGAUCCUGUACAAAGUAUUAUCUAUAUUUCAUUGAUGAAAUCUUUAUUGAAUAGUCUUGUAUGCAUUCCAUCUGAUAAACAGUUUGGAAAUACAAUGUUGAAUAUU